AUGGCCGAAUCGAAUCAAUCUAUCGAAUCUCGCAUCCAAUUGGCUAUUCUUGAAUUAGAGAAUGUUGAAAAGCCUAAUAUUAAAGCGUGGGCGCGAUCUCGCAACCUACCAUACCAGCGGCUUCUUGCGCGCUACAAGGGCCGCCUAUCGCUCUCUGAUCGCCAACCGAACGGUCGCAAGCUUGAUGAAUCGCAAGAAUCUGCCCUCUGCCGCUAUAUCGAUUUCCUCGAUUCGAUCUAUCUACCUCCUAAGCGCCCGGCAAUCGCGGCUGCUGCCAAUGCAAUUCUGGCUAGCUGCCAUACAGACGAUUCAACUAAACCGCCUACGAUCGGUCGCCACUGGCUACAACGCUUCCUCCACCGCCAUCCCGUGUAUCUCGUUCGCCGCCAGAGAGCCAUAGAUAUCGAGAGAAAGAAGUGCCUAGAUAGGCAGGUUGCAAGAGAGUGGUUCGAUUCCUACCAGGAGACAAUUGCCCAAUACGGAAUUACAGCGGAUGAUAUUUGGAACUUCGACGAGACUGGAUUCAAUAUUGGUGUUGGUAGAGACCAGUGGAUUAUUACACGCGAGCCUAAGCGCCAGAUUUCUGGUGGUUUUAGUACAAAUCGCGAAUAUGCGACUGCUAUUGAAGCUAUCUCAGCUACUGGUACUACUAUCGCACCAGUAGUAAUCCUAAGCGCGAAGGUACUACUACUACGGUGGUUCGAGAUAGUAGGCGAUGAAAGAAUCGCUGUCACCGAGACUGGCUAUCUUAAUAACGUUCUAGCCCUACAGUGGAUACAGCUAUUCAACAAGCUUACCAAGGAUUCGGCUAAGGGUACGCAUCGUAUGCUGAUUUGUGACCAAUUCGGCUCGCAUCUCACGUACGAAUUCGUCAAAUACUGCGAGGAUCAUAAGAUUAUCCUCUUCUUUCUACCUCCUCACUCUAGCCAUCUUCUUCAACCGCUAGACGUUGGUGUAUUCAGCGUAUAUAAGCAUUGGCAUAGCGAGUGGGUUUACGAUGCUACAGUGAGUGGCUAUGAGAAGAUCACGAAGAACGAUUUCCUUGGUGCAAUCGCGCAGAUUCGGCAGAAGACCUUUAAACCUUCUACAAUUAAGCUUGGAUUUCGAUUAACUGGCCUUUGGCCUAUUAAUCCAAGUGUGGUUCUCGAUUCCCUAGUGGAUUCAGAUCGCGAUUUCGGCUUCAAUACACCAAGCCCUCCGUCAUCAGCGGCUAGCAAUAGCCAAGAUUCAUCAGAUCUUAGUACACCAAAGACUAUUGAGCGUGUGAAGAAGCUAGAAGAGCGGCUAGAGGAUAAGAUCUCUCGUAUGCAGCAAACACCCUCUCGUCGCCUGCUUAGAAAGCUUGCAAAAGCUGCGACCGAAUUCGCCUAUAUUGCUUCGGAGCUGGAGCAGAAUAUAGAGAAUUCGGAGAAUCUACGAGAGCUUCGCUACGCACGCGAAAAUCGGUCGCGUAAAGCUUCUAAAUUGACUGGGAUAGUGCAUUCUAGCCAGGUUGAUCGUAUGAAGCGAAUUCUAAAGAGUGGUGAGGACCUAAAGGCUCUUAUGAAGUUGCGACCGUAUUACAAGCGGGAGGUUAUGCCGGAGUUAAAGAGGGUUUGCAAAGCUAAGGGUUAUCUCAUCAAAUAA